CAUUUGAACGCUUGGAAUCGUGCCGCAUGAAUGGUGAUGGAGAAUCGCCUUAUAUUGUUGUACGUUAACAGUAUUUCUCUGAUACGACUGAUUCAGCUGCUUCAAUUACGAUACUAAUUAAAACGCUAAAGGCUACAUUAAUAGUAUUAAAAAUAGAGGGAGACAGUGACGGAUAGUUAUAUAUACAGAGACAGUGUGAUAGAGAACAACAGAGAGUGAAAGUUUCUCUUAUUUUGCAUUUCAAUUCAGGAUAUUUUUCUACUACUACACUACUAUCCUAUUUUGAUAUUGUUAUUUGACUUUGUGCUCUUCGUCUGCUCACAACCAAUCAUCGUAAUCAUCUACUCAUUUUUCACCUUUUCCACUCGGUAUUUUUUUAUUGGAUUAUAAAACUGAUAACAUUGAAAAAAGACGAAGAAGACGGUAAAGAGAAGAUAAUAUUGUGAAUGAGAGAAGAGAAAAGAGAGUAGAAAGUUAUACAAUGAAGACAAAACUUCGUAAAUCGAAAAGUUUUACGACGGUUAGAAAAGAGGUCGACGAUUGUUUACCUGUCAAAGGUAUAAUGUUUUUUUCUAUUCUUUAACAUUCAAAGAUGAGUUUUAAAAGGGUCUAAAAUUUUUUCUUUUUUUCUAUCUUCCCCUCUUCUCCUCCUCCCCUUAUUCUUCUGUAUAAUAGAUAAAGUAUGGUCAAAUAAGAAUAUUCUUAUCGAUCUAUUUACGUCCGAAAAGGAAUACUUGGAUGAAUUACAUAUAUUUAAGGAAUAUUACGCUGAACCGCUAAGGAAAUUUUCUUCCAUGCCAAGAGAAGAUUAUCUCGAAUUAUGUGCCGGAAUUGACCCUUUAUUAUCCCUAAGUGAAAGAUUGAUUCGAAAGAUCGAGCUAUUCGUUUCGUUCUACGAUACCGCAUCAACAAAAGUCGCUCAGUUAUUCCUCAACGAUAUUCAAGAAGCGUAUUCAAUCUACUUUCAAAGAUAUCCAUCCGUUCAAAGGAUCUACUAUAGAAAUUCUCUGAAGGACGUAGAAUUCGUUAAUUUUUGCAGAACUUUACAAAAAUCUCAGGGAUAUUCAUUCGCCUAUCUUAUAUACCUUCCAAUACAAAGAGCUGCCGAAUACGAAGAAGUUGUCGGACGAUUGUUGGAUAAUACGCCUACAAACUGCAAAGAAUAUGAAGAUUUAGCCGUCUCCAAAAGAUUUUUAUCUGAUAUGCUAAGCACUGUUGUCGAUACGAGAUCGGGAGAGGUUGAAACUCGUCAUUCUGAUAAUGGAAAACUUAAUAGAAAAGUCAUUACGCAUAGACGUAAAUCAGCCCCACCAAGUACUACAAAUAGUACAACGUCACUAAAUUCAAAAAGCUAUCAACUGACCCUAAAGAAGAACGCCGAUCAAAUUAAACCGGAAAAUUCAAAAAGGCAACUUGUACUAGAACAGGGAGAAGUACUUGUUUCGAGUAACUGUUCACAAAACGCACAGGGUAUGCAAACUAAAGAAAGGCAUAUCGGCCUUUUCAAUGACAUGUUAAUAGUAGCGAAAGCAGAUAAAAAUAGGUUAAGGAUAAAACAACAAAUUCCGCUAAACUUUAUCUGGAUAGGGGAAUCAAUAAACGAAGUAUGCGAUUCAAGCUUAUGCAAACGCUACUUAUCGUUUGUUAUCGGAUGGCCGACAAUUAAUUUUGUUAUAACUUUCAAAUAUCCUCAAAUUAGAGAAAAGUGGUGGGCUCAUAUAACAGAUCACAUGGAUAUAGCAAGGCACGCUGAAGAGCACGAAACGGCCGAAAUACGAGUUACAAACCGCAGUUUAUCGCAACGUUUUCCUGGUGUCGAAAGUUCUGACACUGAAGAUCCUGAACAAUACUCCCUUUGGGUUGUCGAUAAAGCGGAAGAAAAAGUUGUCUAUCCCUUAAUUGGGCACGAAAGGCCUUUCGCUAUAAAAAGACACUACGAACAAAGGUCAUCGGGGAUCGUAGAUGUAAAUCAAGAAAUUGAAUUUAUCAUGAAGAGUCAUCGAGAGAGUCGUUCAAAAUUAAUCGGAAACGGAGAACAACAAUUAAAGAAACGUAAAUGGAAAUCGUUAAUUAGACAACCUUGGAAUAUUUUUGGAAGGGAGGAUAGAUCGUUCGAUAGUUAUCAAUCGCCUAAUUCCAAAAAGGAAAGGUCUCGUUCAAAGUCUAGAGAUAGGAAGUGCGGGAAAUUGUUUGGUCAACCGCUAACAGUUGUUAAUGAGGGCGGUAUCCUCAAUCCCGUUAUCUAUAGUCUAUUACACGAACUCUCGAAGAGAACCGAAACUGAGGGAAUUGUUAGAAAAUGCGGAAAUGUUGGCGAAUGUAAAAGAUUGGUUGGAUGUUUAGAUAAAGGGAGAAUUGUCGAUUGGGAACAGGAAACGAAUACUCAUAUUCUUGUAACUGUUCUCAAAGAGUAUUUAAAACAAUUGCCCUCUUGCGUCGUGCCAACUGAAGAAAGAGGACAAUGGGAAGAAGCGAACAAAGAGCCUUGUUUAGAAAAGAAAUUGUACAAACUUAAAAUAUUGGUCGAUGACCUUCCCAUCGGUCACGCCGUCCUUCUCAAACAUUUAAUUUGUUUCUUUCAUCACGUUUGCAAUAAUUCAAAUAUUAAUCAAAUGAUAACAAAAAACGUUGCAACGGCAAUUGCGCCGUCUCUUAGUCGAUCUGAGUUUGAUUUAGCCACAAUGGAAGAAAUUGAGAAAAUGUUAGAUUGGAACGCCGUUGUGGAAACUUUGAUUGAAUAUUCAACCGAUAUAUUCGGAUCUUCCGUCGUCAAUCUACUAGAUGAAAAUUCGUGCAAUAUUAAUAUACAUGUUACAACUCCAGAUACGUCCAGAAGGGAAGAAUCAUUAGUCAGACAACAAACGGAUGAAGCGUCUUUGGAUAGUUUAGAUCUAGAAACGAAUAGGCCUGCACCAGUUUCACCGUCUAGUCUAUCUAGAGAUUCAGGUUUGUCAACUUGCGAGAGUAUGGCUUGCGGUGUGGACGACGAACAAAAAAUCGCUCCUAUUAAACCUGCAAGACGAUCGAGAAAACCGGAAAAGCUAAGUCAAAAAGAAGAUUCCGGUUUUAGCGAUGAUAAACCGCAUUUACAGAGAUCGGAUGCUUUAGACCUUGAAUCACCCACUGAAAUUAUGAUUGUUCAACCAUUUAAUCGUUCAAACCCUAAAACAAAAUCACCACCCCCAAAAAUACUUCUCAAACGUGGUAUGACAUGUAGCGGUGCCGAUUUGGCCCUACAUCGACGGAAUACUGCCAAAUUGACAACCGUAGAUCUGAACUUUGACGAAAGCACCUCAACAAGGCCUAAAAAGCCUCCAACCUACGACGAAGCAAUCAAAAGGCAAAAGGUAUUGGAAGAAGAACAAGAUCGAUUGCGAGUAGAACAGAAACGAAGAAGCGACAGAGCAAGGGCUCUAAAAGCCCAGAGUGACGCAAUUUACGAAAAGGAAAUGAGGGAGAGAAAAUCUAGAUCCGUUUCUAGGUCGGCUUCAAACGCAUCAUCGAGUUCAAAUUCAAGUUUGAAGACGAAAUCUCGUAAAUUUCGAGAAAUAUCGAGAGAACAUAGUAAAUCCGAUGUACAGAGUAAAAGUUGUAGAUCGGGACGAGGUGUAAACAGAUCAAAAAGCGAUUCUUGCCGAUGGUCAGAAUGCCAAUUGAGAAUGAUCAUUCAACAAAAAUACUAUGAAAAACUAUUAUCAGAGCAGCAGGCGGAACCCCUGAAGAGAUCAAUGAAAGAUAGGCCUUGGCACGCUGAAUUAUCAAAAAAGUAUGGUGACGAGGAAAAGGCCGUUAUUGAACAAAAACGAUACACUCAACAAAAAAUGUCAAAUGAUUACAAUAAUAAUAGCAAUACGAAUAAGAAUAGAAAAACCUGGAUAAGACCCGUCCAUCCGUCAAACGAGUAUACAGAUAAAAAAAUCACCAAAGUUCAAAAAACUGUUGAUAGAACUGCGGUGGCGCCGGCGCCUCCGAUUAAUAAUAAGCCUAUAAACGAAACUAUAAAUAAUAAUUAUCGUGACGAAGUUCAGGAAGCAGACGAGAACGUUAAUCGGACAUUUUCAAUGCCUAGCGUGUCGCAAUUAAGAAGAGUUUGGGAAACGGAAAGCACAAAUCCGAAUGCUCAAAAAUCAUUUUUGUAA